AUGACCGACACCAUCAUUCACCCAGAUGUUGCUGCCAAUGCUGGCACGGUGGAGCUUAAAGAGAACACAACUAUUAUCGUUCUCGGCGCCUCCGGUGAUUUAGCGAAGAAAAAAACCUUUCCGGCUUUGUUUGGACUGCAUAGAAAUAAAUUUCUUCCUAAAGACUGCAACAUCGUCGGAUAUGCGCGGACGAAGAUGGAUGGGAAAGAGUAUCUCAGUCGGGUGAAGUCUUACAUCAAGACACCUAUCAAGGAGAUGGAAGAACAACUCGAAGAGUUUUUGAAAAAGUGUUCCUAUGUGUCUGGUCAAUACGACCAGGACGAAUCUUUUAUUAGACUUCGUGAGCACUUGGACGAACUUGAGAAGGGCCGGCCAGAAAAUCAUCGCAUCUUCUACAUGGCACUACCGCCCAGCGUUUUCACAACGGUCUCACAGCAUCUAAAGAAGAACUGUUACCCUCAGAAGGGAAUUGCACGUUUAAUUGUCGAGAAGCCAUUCGGGAAGGACCUCCAGAGCUCCAGAGAACUCCAAAAGGCGCUUGAGCCAGACUGGAGGGAAGAGGAGAUUUUCCGUAUCGACCAUUAUCUUGGAAAAGAGAUGGUUAAGAACCUACUUAUUCUUAGAUUCGGAAACGAAUUUUUUGGCGCCACUUGGAACAGGAAUCACAUCGAUAACGUUCAAAUUACGUUUAAGGAGCCUUUCGGAACGGAAGGCCGUGGAGGUUAUUUUGACGAUUUCGGCAUCAUUCGCGAUGUUAUGCAGAAUCAUUUGCUCCAGGUAUUGACUAUUAUCGGAAUGGAGCGUCCGAUUUCCUUUUCGGCGGAAGAUAUUCGUGAUGAGAAGGUUCGCGUAUUGAGAGGAAUCCCAGCUAUCGAGCCCAAGAACGUCAUUAUUGGCCAAUAUGGGAAAUCGCUUGACGGUAGUAAGCCUGGAUACUUGGACGAUGAUACCGUCCCCAAGGACAGCAGGUGCCCUACAUUCUGUGCACUUGCUGUUUAUAUCAAGAACGAACGAUGGGACGGCGUGCCAUUCAUUCUCAAGGCAGGAAAAGCUCUGAAUGAGCAGAAGACCGAGAUCAGAAUCCAAUUCAAGGAUGUCACAAGUGGAAUUUUCAAGGAUAUUCCUCGUAAUGAGCUUGUCAUCCGCGUUCAGCCCAACGAAAGUGUCUACAUCAAGAUGAACUCGAAGCUUCCAGGGCUUAGUAUGCAGACGGCCGUGACUGAGCUAGAUCUUACUUACCGACGUCGUUUCAGCGAUCUAAAGAUCCCAGAGGCCUAUGAGGCUUUGAUCUUGGAUGCAUUGAAGGGUGAUCACUCCAACUUUGUCCGCGAUGAUGAGUUGGAUGCGAGUUGGAGAAUUUUCACUCCUCUGCUACACUAUCUUGAUGAGAAUAAGGAGAUCAUUCCCAUGGAAUACCCAUAUGGAUCGCGUGGUCCAGCUGUGUUGGACGAUUUCACCGCUUCCUAUGGGUACAAGUUCAACGACCUGGCAGGCUAUCAAUGGCCCGUUCAAAGCACUGUACCCAACAAGCUCUAG